AUGCAAAUCAGUGUACCUAUUUUGGCCUUUGCUAAGUCGAAAAGCAGUGUUACUUUGCAUGGUGGCACUGAUGCCAGUUUCGCCCCACCUAUUGACUAUAUGGUAGAAUUCUUGAACGGUAUUGUUUUUCCCGAAAUUCGCACUUUUAGUGGCUAUUACCCUCAGGGUGGAGGUACAGUUGUUGUAGAUGUUGACCCUAUUUGUGGCAAACUCUCUCCAGUUUGUCUUACCGAAAUGGGUUCCAUUGUAAAAGUAACUGGUUCGACUUUUGUUGCCGGAAAAGUUCCUAUUAAAGUGGCCGAUGAAAUGCGUUCGGUUGGACUCGAAACCCUGAGAUCACACUUCCCAGAUGUUCCUAUUGAAGUUGAGAGUUUUCGUGCUCCGGAUAAUUCGAGGCACGGUAGCGUAUCUAGUUUUCUGUAUGUCGUAGAAGAAACCUCCACCGGAUGCCGUUUGGCAGUAUCAGGACUAGGACAACCCCGCGGCCCCCCAGUACGUCAGCUAGUCAAAGAGGCGAUCGAACAGGAAUUGAUUCCAUGCAUUAAAUCUGGUGUCUGCUGUGAUACACACAUGCAAGACCAAUUAAUUCUGCCGAUGGCUUUAGCCCAAGGAAAGUCUGUAAUCCGGACUACAACGCCUCUUACAUUGCAUACUCAGUCUGCAAUUUAUGUUGCAGAAAAGAUUCUGCCAUCGGUGCGUUUAGCUUACUCUAUUCGGCUUAAUGGUCACUUGCACCUCACCCAUACUGACAUCUUUUUUAGGUGA